AUGGAGGAUGCUGAGGAAACUUCACUUGAGUCCCAAAGCCCGAAACAAAACACCUCAGACACAUCAAGAAAUAGCACAGAUAUAGAUGAGCUUCUUGCCCCACCAGAGAGCAAGAGACAAAGGAAGGACUUCCUGACAGUCGAGUCUGAGAAGAUUCUCCAUGACUGCCUCACUGACGACCGGUUUGAACCCUAUCCAUCAGAUGUAGAGAAGCAAAUGCAGUCUGGACAGACCAAUUUAUCUUUUCUGCAGAUCAUCAAUUGGUUUGUAAAUGCUGACAAAUACUUUCUUCCGGAAGUGUUGGAACAGGAUAAGGAUGGCUCCGGAUACCUAAAAGUCAAGGAUGCUGAUGAAAUUCAACUGCCAGACACUACUUCUUCCUCACUGGUCCAGUCAGGACCCGUGGAUCCAGAAAAAGUUCAAUGCUUCCCCCUGUCUCCAUCGACAAAAAGCCAGGAGCCACCAAAGAAGCUACAGGUUGUGGAGAAAUCUUCAAGCCAACAGCUCAUCCUAGAAGCCCCACUGAAGGAGAAGGUUGAGAUGUCCAUUUGUGACACCACUACUUUUCCGGAAUCUGUGGGGCCAGAGGCAUACGCAGAUUUCAGCAAUUUCUACCUGCUGGUUGAUGUAGCUGUACAAAAGGCAGCUGAACUGGAGCUGCAGAAAAAGCAAGAAGCCAAUACAUGA